CUUGUCCAGAUGGAUUUUUUGGACUUGACUGCCACCAGGUGUGCAACUGCAAGAAUGCGGCAAGCUGCGACCACGUCCUAGGAACGUGCCACUGCCUCCCCGGCUGGGUGGGAGAAAAGUGCGACCAGCCCUGCCAGGGUGACAGUUACGGGAAAGGCUGCAGUCACGCUUGUAAUUGUCACAAUGGAGCGCUCUGUGAUCAUGUAACUGGGACGUGUACUUGUGCAGCGGGAUGGAGAGGAGCCACCUGCCAAGAAGCCUGUCCUCCUGGUUUGUUUGGUGUAAACUGUUUACAGCCCUGCAUCUGCCACAGCCAAGCUACAUGUGACCGUGUGACGGGCGAGUGUCUGUGUCCUGAGGGUUGGACUGGGAUAGCGUGUGAGCUGGAGUGUGAGGAUGGGAAAUAUGGAGAGAGCUGUGAGCAGAACUGUAGCUGUCACCACGGAGCCUGUGACCGGUUUUCAGGCAAAUGUAUCUGCCACUCAGGCUGGACUGGAGAGCACUGUGAUGUUGUCUGUCCGUCUGGAUUCUUUGGGAAGUGGUGCAAGGAGCAGUGUGACUGUGUGCACAGCUUGUCCUGCAACCAUCAGACUGGAGCGUGUCACUGUGAAAAGGGAUGGCGAGGAAGGCAGUGUGACAAACCUUGCUUGCCUGGCUACUAUGGCCUGAGUUGUGCCCAGCGGUGCACUUGUCCUGCGGGUACCCCCUGUCAUCACGUGACUGGAGAGUGUGGCUGUCCGCGAGGAUUUACUGGCUACAGCUGUGAAAAAACUUGUCCACCGAGCACGUAUGGUAAGAACUGUAACCAAGUAUGUCAGUGCUCUGCAGAGAACGAGGAGUGUCACCCAGUGACAGGCGAAUGCGCCUGCCUCCCGGGGUACUACGGAGCCCAGUGUAACCACAGGUGUCCAAAAGGUACUUACGGUCCAUACUGUCAAAAAUCCUGUAAAUGCAUGAAUGGAGGCCAUUGCGACCCUUUGACAGGAACUUGUGAUUGCGCGCCUGGUUUCGUUGGAGCUGACUGUAGUAAAACUUGCCCUGAAAAUCGAUAUGGGAAGGACUGCGCCCUGUUCUGUUCGUGUGGUAGAGGUCAGUGUGACCCACAGACUGGCAAGUGCACGUGCCCUCCUGGCCAAACGGGAGCUGGCUGUCAGCAAGUGUGUCCCCAGGGACAAUAUGGCCCCAACUGCCAGCUGACAUGUACCUGUCAGAACGGUGGUAUCUGUGAUCAAGUGGAUGGGAGCUGUACUUGUGGUCUUGGCUGGACAGGAAGCUCUUGUGAGAAAGAAUGUCUCCCAGGUAAAUACGGAGCUGACUGCCACUUGGCCUGCCCAUGUCAGAACAACGGCACUUGCGACAGGUUCACGGGCUGCUGCCAGUGUCCCGAAGGUUAUUAUGGCCACUCUUGCGAGCACAGGUGCCCCGCUGGAUUUUAUGGGCUAAGCUGUCUUCAUGCGUGUGCCUGUAAAAAUGGAGCUAGCUGCAAUGCAGUGACAGGACAGUGUGUUUGUCCUUUAGGUUAUCAAGGUGUCUACUGUGAAAAAGGCUGCGAUACUGGGUGGUUUGGCGAGAGGUGUCAGCUUCGAUGUGACUGUGGAGGAGUUCCCUGUGAUCCAGCAACUGGAAGGUGUCUUUGCCCACCUGGGAAGACUGGAGACAAAUGUGACGUUGAAUGCAGGUCGGACCGGUACGGCCCUGACUGCUCUCUGCGAUGCCAGUGUGCCAACAAAUCCCAGUGCAAUCCUUACAAUGGGAACUGCGUAUGUCCAGCCACAUGGAUGGGGCCAACGUGCAAAGAAGGUGGCCCUCCAAAGCUUCCUUUUUACGAAGAACAAACCCAAGAAAGAGAGAAUAUUUUUCCAAGAGCUCUGCAACAGUAACAUUUGGAUUAAUAAAUGAACUGUUUUAUAUGCACAGACGGUAUUUGAAUUUAGAUAUGAAAAUGGCUAUUCAAUUCAGCUUGAAUAGUACAGAAGUAUUCACACUUCUUAUGGAAGACUACAGAGGCCAUUUAGUAGCUGGAUCCUUUUAAAAAGUUAAAUCUGUUUUAUAUAUUUAUUCCUAGCCUCUUACCCCUCAAUUAAUCUGAACCUGACAUUCUUUCUGAUUUAUAACACAAUUCAUUGUUUGAAAGCUUGGACACGUUUUUAGAAAAACCAGCUCCAGAGUAUCAGGAUAACCAGUAUGGAACAUAUCAACUUACGGUGAGCCACACCGAGUUUAAGUGACUUUAUAAACCCACUUGACAACCAGAGUGAAAUUAAAUGAGUUUUUCAUAGAUCAUGAAGCCGAUAUGGAUCCACUGCAAAAUCCUGUUGCGCAGAAACUCUCAGAAUUCCUUGAAUUAAUUCCUCUUUGAAUAGCAUCAUAUGUUAUAGAAAAAUGUCCAGUCUAAUUUUAAAAUUGCCAUUGAUGAAGAAUUCACCACAGUCCUCGUUAAGUUGUUAAUUAAUCUAAGAAUAUGUGCCACAUUUCUAGCAUGAAUUUCGCAGACUGGAAGGUCUCAGUUUAUGCCUCAUUUACAUCUAAGUCCGUCUACCGAAAAGUAGGAUGUCAUCUAUCAGGCUUGUCUGGGUUUCUGCAUUCUCCUGUCUUGUCACUUGAGUUUCUCAGUGGUUUGUCAAGUCAAACUGUGCAGCAGCUCUCAUAAAACAGUAUCUUCUUACACAGAAAAGAGCUUUAUCUUGGAUGGAGAAAGCAAGCAAGGAUAGAUGUUUUUUAGGUAGUUUAAAGAUUCUUGUGUAUUGUUUAUAUAAUGGAAAGCAAUGUGCUUUUACCGCACAAUAAUUUGAUUAAGUCAGCUUUAGAAAGCCCUGAUACCGUUCAACAUCUGCUGUUGGUCUCGUAAAAGAACAAAGAUAUUUUGGUGCUAUUUUUUCUGUUUUAACAGGUUGUUCUUUAAGAUAGGACAAAGUGAGUAUAAAGAAAUAAUGUUAAUCUAUUUUAAUAUCCUGAUUCCGUGGUUCUACUUUAUACCUCUCUUUAGGUCUGUUAGAAGUUACAAAACCUAUGCAGUAACCUCUUCGGUCCGACUACAUAAAAAGUGCACUUACUGAAAGACAUCAAGACCAUGGGCUCUUUAGAUGCUGUAGUGCAGGCAGUUGCAGAUCUUUUAUUCCAUCUGUCAUUCACACACCACAAUAAAUUACCCCUCUGCAAGAAAAGAUUUUCCUCUUUUUUGAUGCUAACUAGUAAUUUUUAAAAAAAUAUUUGUUGUUACUGCAGUUGGAUAAGGAGUGCGUGAAGAGAGUGAACCCCAAGGUUCACCUCAGGUCUUAAAAAAAUCUGCAGUCAUUAAGUGCCAGUAAGAAAUAAGUGACUUUUGCUCACCUGGGACUUUUGCUCACCUGGGACUUUAGUUCAAACUGUUAUCAGUUUGAAGCAAUACAAGUUUGUUGGGUGUUUUUCAAGCUUAAUGUAAGGCUUAUUGUUGAUAUUCAUCAGUUUAUGGGUAUUGAAAGUCAUUCUCAACACAGUAAAGAUAUUUGUGUCUGUGACCAAAUUAAUUAACCAGCUAUGCUUUUAGCCAGAAAAUCACAGGUACGGAUUCUGAUCCCUUGUCAUUUCUUCUUUGUAGCUCUAGGAAUGUUAGUAGAAAGUUUACUUGAUGUAAAUGUGUCAAAAUUGUCGUUUUCCCCCAACUAGUCAGAAGCGUGUGGUUCCUCAGUAGGCCUGUUCUGUCAGCUGUGACAUUUUAAAUGUGCCUUUGGAGAUGUGCUGGCCUGGGUCUGAGCUCACCAAUGUGUAAAUCAAAAGUCAUUUCACUUAAGUGGAUUGGAUCUAGUAAGGUAAAUCUUGUACGAGAGGACAAUUAGAUACCAUGUUAUUAGCUGCUGGAGAAAAACCAUCCGAGUCAAGCAACUGACUUCUUUUGAUCUCACCAAUGUGUUUACCAUUCACUUGCCAAAGAGCCGAACUACAGCAGUAAUGCGAGCGUUGCGUUGUAGUCAACGUUUUUCGUAGAAUAAUUUAGGUUGGAAGAAAUCUCUGGAGAUCAUCCGGCCCAGGCUCCUGGUCAAAGCAUGGUCAACCUCAAAGCAAAAUGAGGUGACUCAGAGACUUGUCCAGCUGAGUUCUGACUAUCUCCAGAGGUGGAGAUUCCACAACCUCUUUGGGCCUUCCCCCUAGCCUUGACUACCCUUGUGAAAAUUUUUUUCCUACUAUCUAACCAGAAUUUCCCAUGUUGCAAAUUCCGUCUGCUGCCUCUCAUCCAUUCAUUGUGCAUAUCUGAGAAGAGUUCAUCACUCUUCAUCUCAUUUACCUCAUGACCUUCGAGAAGAGGGCUUCAUCGUGACUUCAGUCCCCAUGGAGUAGUCGAAGACAGCAACGAUACCUCUCCUUAGUCUUGUCUUCUUCAGACGAACAGACCUUGCUCUCUGCCCCUCCUGAACGACGUGCGCUCCAGCCCCUAAUAGUCUUGGUGACCCUUCACUGGACUCAUUCCAGUAUGUCUGAAAUUGUAGUGUAGGGGAAGAUGCCUGAUGUCAGUGGGCCCAAUGUCUGGCAUGUUUACUCAGCAACUAAUGCAUAAAGAGCAAGAGCAUCUUGCUCUUUGGUGGCAGUAUACAAAAUAGACUGUUUUUCUUAUCUAGGUAUACUGAAAUGUGAUUAGAGCAGCUGAUUGAAGGAGAAACCUUUCUGAAGCUGUGUUCUUUACACCUGCGUGUACUUGCUUACUUUUUCCGCAGUACCUUAUAUUAGAAGUGUAAAUAUGUACUAUAAAGGAAAUAACAUAUUUUGUAUUGAGUAUUUUUAAAGAAUUUCACAAUUCUAGAUACAUGAUGAAACACGUAUUUUAAGUGACAGAUAUUGAGUCUGUGCCAAUGAAUUAGAGGCCCAGGUUGAUCUGCCUGGGAAAUAUUUCAGCAAUAUAUAUUUUUUUUAAAUUAGAACGGCAAUUCAUAUAAAACUAUUUACAUGCAAUAGUCUUUUUUAUUAAUUCCUCCUUCAAAAUACUUCUCGGCUUCUUAUGUUAUUGUCUUGGGAAAGAAAGUUCACUUCAGUGCUGUUAAACAGAUCAUUCUGAUCUGGGGCUCAGUAUGACUUUCUGUUCCAAAACAUAGAAUGAAGUGCAAUCAUAAAAAGGUAAAAAUCAAAACUAAAUAUUUCAAAACAUUAAAAGAAGAUUUUUAAAUGUCUUUCUUUGGAUCUGUAGAUCUGCAGAUUUUCACUUUUUCAUGACUGAAGGCAUGGAAAAUGGUCACGUGAUGUCUUUUUGUAGAUGAAGGGCCAAACUCUACAUCAUUACCUAUUAAUCAAGCAAGUUUGCUUACUUGUAAUAUCAUUAAUAUCUUCUGAUGCUGCUUCCUACUGCAGAUUAAUAAAUGUACCUGAUUCUGUGCCUACAAAUGUCCUUUAUUCGACUGCAUGGAGUUUUCCUUAGACUCAUUUUGUGACAACUGAGUUUAAUUACCACUAAGAUAAUAUAACUCUGUUUAUUUGGUUCAUCAGAUCCUAGUGAUAGACUGUCAAAAUUGUAUAAUCGCGCUGAAGCUUGUUGAAAAUGAAAGUGAAAAAUUCAGUGACAGUUAUUCUUAUAUUUAAAUUUAUGUGCAUCUUCCACUUGGCAAAUGCCUUUCUUGGCCAUCUGUUUCCCAGAAGACCAAAAUUAAUUAAGCUUUCUUGAAAAGAGCGCUUUGUGUAUUCCAGUGUAACACACUUGAAGACACAGAGAGCUUCUUUCAGAAAGAUAUUUAAAUUAUUUAGAACAGGCAGUUUCUGUGCCAGAUUCCACUGUCUUACCUUGCUGUACAUUCCAGAUAACUUCAGUUUAAGAAGAAUGGAAAUGAGUGCAACUCAGUGGAUACAGCAGAAUUUUAUUCAAUGUGAAUUCAUGAAACCGGAACAACAUGUUUUCAGUUAGACUUCAGUAUUUAUAAUGCUAUCCUCAUAGGAAAACAAUCAGAAUUUUAAAAAUUCCCCGCUUCUGCUGCCAAAAAUUAUUAUUCUACUUUUAUCCUUUUUAUGUUGAAGAACCAUUGCUGUUAAAGUUUGCCCAGAUUCCUUGCCAACCAUAUUUUGAUUGGCUGCAGCUUUCUGUUUGUGUAAGUAAUAACCAUCACAGUAUCAGAAGUUGCCAAGGGGACAAACAUGGAAAUUAUACCUUUGUAUCCUUUCCAGAGGAGCCAAAGACACAUUCUGGAGCCACGGUGGCUUCAUACUGUUGAUCUAAUGAUGACAAAUAAUGGCGUUGCUGUUAGAGUUUAGUUUUUUAUCAGAGCAGAGGAAAGCUCAAGAAGAGUUCUGGAGGGAAUUGGUGCACCAGGAAACCUCUAUCCUCCUACUGCCGUGUAAAUUUUUUUUUUACAGCUAGGCCAGCAACCCUUUCAGCCUCCAGACCUUGGAAGAGGUUUCAUCCACGGAUGUUGACCUGCGGCUGACUGCAGUAGCUCCCCGCAUGAGUGACGGUUGUGCCCGGUCAUUCUUUUGCAGGGUCAAAGCUUUAAAUUCGAACACAGUAGAGCAAUUUCCAAGGGUAAACAAAGCAUUUCAGACUGGUAGAGCAUAAAUUGCUUAUUCUGUUUUGUUGUUGUUGUUGUUUUUAAUAAGCAUUUGCAUAGCAGUAUUAUGUCUUUGUGAAUUUAUAACCCCUAUUCAAUGAACAUGGGGGGGUAUAUCUCAAAACUGUACUGUACUUUCUGUUGUAUACCUAUAAGAGUGAAAGGAUGCUAAUUUUUUUAUAAACGUAUCAUUAAAACUUGUUCUUGUUUUCUCCUUA